AUGUCGUCUACUCAUGAAUUAUCGAACAGUGGAAUUCUCCACGAAUAUGCUCCCAGGCUCGUUGCCUUCGAAUUUACUUCGUCCGAUAAGCCGAACAAGCCAAACAGCUUGAUCUUCGUGGGCGGUUUGACCGAUGGAUUCAAAACAGUCCCUUACGUAAACCCGCUCGCUAAAACCCUCGAGCCAACCGAAUGGUCCGUUUUCUCAAUCUUGCUUUCUUCCUCCUACAAUGGAUUUGGAGUCGGCAGUCUCGACCUGGACGUGGAGGAGAUCGCGCAAUGCGUGCAAUUCAUUCGUAAUCUGAAGGGUGAAUCUGGCAAAAUCGUUGUCAUGGGCCACUCAACUGGUAGCCAGGAUGUCUUGCACUAUCUCCAUUCGCCUAACCCUGUCCCCAGGGAUCCCGAAUUCGAUGUUGGUCUUCAAUACCUGACGCGCCCUAAGCUCGAUGGAGCCAUCAUGCAAGCCCCAGUGUCGGACCGAGAGGCUAUCCAACAUCUUAUUAAGACCUCCAUUCAACCGAACGAGGCACAGGGUGCUUAUGAUCAACUCGUAAGCGCCGCUAAGACACAGCCAUGGACUCAUGAUAAGAUGGAUGCUAUUCUUCCUAUGAAUAUGACCGCGCAGCUAGGAUUACCGGGUAAUGCUCCGCUUAGUGCACGUCGAUUCUUGAGUCUUGUUAGCCCAGAUAGCCCGGAUCAGCCAUCGGCAGACGAUCUUUUCAGCUCUGAUCUGUCCGAACAACGCCAUCAAGAGACAUUUGGAAAGAUUGGUUCGCGUGGUAUUUUGAAUUCCAAGUCUAAAUUUUUGGUACUAUACUCUGGGAGCGACGAAUACUGCCCGCCGUGGGUUGACAAGGAGGCUUUGGUACAGAAGUGGAAACAAGCUACUGAGGCUGGGGGUGCUUCUUGGGACGCAGAGAAUAGUGGUAUCGUUCCUGGUGCCAGUCACAAUGCCAAGGGCGAAGGGCAACAAUGCCUAAUUGAGCGUGUGGUAAGAUAUCUGAAAACUCUCUAA